AUGGCUCUGGAUAUCUCCCACAUCUGGCUCGCCCUUGUCGGGAUCGCAAGCUUUUACGUCCUGCGAUCUAUCUAUCGCCUCUAUUUCCAUCCCUUAUCUGGAAUCCCCGGGCCUAAGCUUACAGCGAUUACGCAUCUAUAUGAGUUCUACUAUGAUGUUGUCUGCCAUGGAAGGUUUCUGUUUCAGAUCGAGAAAAUGCAUGAGCAAUAUGGUCCAAUUGUUCGCAUCAACCCCCGUGAAGUCCAUAUCAGCGACCCCGCCUUCUAUGAUGAGAUCUAUGCCUCCAGCACUCGCAAACGCGAAAGGGACCCUCUGGCCUACGGCGCAUUUGCGCUCCCCUACUCCAUGAUCGGUACGAUCGGCCACGAACAUCACCGCUUCCGCCGCAAUAUCCUCAAUGAUUUCUUUUCCAAGCGGUCCGUCCUUGCCAUAUCUCCCUUCAUCGAGGAGCGGGUGGGGAAGCUGAUGGGGCGCUUCGAGGGGUUCUAUCGCGAUCAGAGUGUCGUUAAUCUGAGCGAUGCUUAUGCCGCGCUGACUUCAGAUGUAAUCACCUAUUACUGCUAUGGAAAGCGCUGGGGAUUCAUCGAGGAUAAGGACUUCCGCAGCGACGUCCACGGAGGUAACGAAGAGAAUACUGGACUUGCUCACUUCAACCGCUUCUUUCCCUUUGUGCCGGAAACAAUGCGCAAGAUUCCACUGCAUCUGAUGGCCCUAUGUCUCCCCGGCAAGGCCGGUAUGCUCCAGUUCCAGGGUUCCAUUCUGAGUACGAUAUCAGAAAACACGCACGAUGCCUCCAAGGCACCGGGGAAGGACGACCGGACCAUCUUUAAGAGGUUGACGGACCCCAGCUUACCAGUCGCGGAAAGAAGCCAGCGUCGCAUUGAGGAUGAGGUAUUCACGCUCCUUGGCGCAGGCACAGAAACGACCGCGAGUACCUUGAUGAUCAUGACCUACUACGUGUCGCGAGACAAAAGCAUACGAGACAAGCUACGGAGUGAACUGAAGCAGGUCCUGCCCACACCCACCAGUACCGCGACCUGGCCGGAGCUGGAGAAGCUGCCGUACUUGACGGCCGUUGUGAAUGAAUCUCUCCGUUUAUCCUAUGGGCUGAUUAUGCGGCUGCCCCGCGUGGCACCAACUGAAACACUAAAGUACAAGGACUAUGUGCUUCCACCGGGGACACCGAUGAGCACUUCAACUUGGUUCGUCCAUCGCGACCCCUCCCUCUUUCCCGAGCCGGAUAGAUUCGACCCGGAGCGCUGGAUCAAGGCUGCAGAGGAAGGGGUUAAUCUAACACGAUACAUUGUCUCGUUUAUGAGGGGGAGUCGAGCGUGCAUUGGGAUGAAUCUGGCAUACAUUGAGCUCUACCUGACCAUUGCGCAUGUAAUGCGUCGGUUCAACUUUGAUGUGGAGAGCACCGGCACGGAGAGUAUACGCAUCACACGCGAUAGGAUUGUUCCUGGUACGGAGAAGGGGUUGGUGCGGGUGUAUGCGAAGGUGACGGAUAUGGUGGAGUAG